AUGUGGCGACUGAUCCGACUGGCGGGUUGUCUAAUUAUUGGGGACGAAGUGCUUAGUGGCAAAAUCCAUGAUACCAAUUCUUUCGAAUUUGCCAAAACUUGCUUCAGCCAAUUAAGUGUUCCAGUGAAGCGCAUCAUCGUUUGUUCUGAUGAUAAGGCUGAUAUAAAGAAGCUGCUUGGACUUUUGCGGGAUAAUGACAUCGACUUUAUCGUAACCUCCGGAGGGCUAGGAUCAACUCAUGACGAUGUUACCUAUGACGCCAUUGCCGAGUAUUAUGGAAUUCCUUGUGAACGUGAUCCCACAGUUGUCGAACGUAUGAAUCGGUUGCGCAAGGAUUACAUCGCCCUGCUUACUCCCUCUCAAACUGAAGCGUGGUAUAGGAUGGCCACCGUUCCUCAACGAACCGCAAAGAUCAAUGUAGAAAACAUUUUUGUUGAUCCCAAUUUUUGGUUUCCUAUUGUUGCAAUUGAGCAACGCCUCUACAUACUACCUGGGGUUCCACAGCUAUUUGUCAAACUUCUCAAAGCGCUUGUUCCCCAACUUCUCCCACGGGUGGAUCAACUGAACCAAUUGAGUCGGCUCUACGUCAAAACCACUACUGGUGAGUCUGAGUUGGCGCCAUUUCUUGGCGAUCUUCAGCGGCAAUUGGACAAACGAUACGGUGAUGGUGUAGUCAAGAUUGGCAGUUAUCCUCAUCUACAAUGGCGAGUCAAUACUAUUUCCAUUAUAGGCAUCAUUCCACAGAUAUCUGUUGAGGAUCUUCAACACGUGGUGGACGACGUUUUAGCUGGCGUUGGCGGUGAUGCUGUUCAGAUCAGUCAGGCCGAGGAAGACCAUCUAACCAACGACUCUCCAUCAAACUUUUAA